GGAGUCCCGAGGAGGGCAGCAAGGACGCGACAAGUGGAUGGUUCCCGCCAGCUCGGCCGGACGUUGCCUUUCUGCCCCGGCCCCUCUUGGGGGGUUGGCGGCCGGGGUCGGAGAUUCUGUGCAAAAACUGUAUAGAAUUAACAUGGAUUCCCAAAACAGAUACAGUGAUGAAGACAAUACAGGAGAUUCAGAAGAAGGAAGAAGUGUGUACUCUGGAGCUAGCACACAAAGAAAGUUUGUGACAAAUGACAAUAAAAAGAAAAGCAAACCAACUCGACAUAGUGGGAGUACUAUGGGAGAUCAAGAGAAGAGCAAAAAUGUGGACUAUGAUAAGAGUAGUGACUCCUAUUAUUCAGAUGACUAUGAUAAUUCAUCAUAUAUGUCUGAUCCUUAUUGCUCAGAAAACUCCAGAUCUAGAACACCUAGUCCAAGGAGAAAGGGACAAGUAAAACAAAAGGCUAGUAGUUCUAUCCAUGAUCGAGCUGUUGGGAAAUCUGGUGCCAAGCAACCAGCUAACCAUGGGAGUCGUCGAUCCCGGACUCAGAGAUUAAACAAAGAGCCUGCUUAUAAAGACAUAGACUUGGUGACUAAACGCAUGUUAUCUGCCAGGCUCCUGAAAAUUAAUGAGCUCCGAAAUGAGGUUACUGAGUUACAGGUUAAACUGGAGGAUUUGCAAAAGGAAAACAAAAUACUAAAGCGUCUCCAGUACAGGCAAGAGAAAGCUCUUAAUAAGUUUGAGGAUACAGAAAAUGAGAUCUCAUUGCUCAUAUCUCGACACAACAAUGAAAUCCGUAUACUUCGAGAAAGACUUCGAAAAUCGCAGGAAAAAGAGAGGGUAAUGGAGAAGCAAUUGAAAGACACAGAAGAAGAACUACGUCGAACGAAAAACUCUCUGCUGAAAUUAAAGAAACUUUCAGAGGACAAACAUUUGAUAGAGAGAGAUGAAUUGGCUCAGAAACUUGCUAAAGCUGAAAUCAAAAUGGAAGGCAGUGAAAAAAGAAUUAAGGAUCUGCAGAGAAAUUUGGAGUUGACCAACAACAGUUUCGUUAGACAAGUGACUUCUGAGCGCAAAAAGGCACAAGAGGCACAGGAAGAUGUUCGCAGUCUCCAGGAGGAAAUUCAGCGUCUUGGUCAAAAACUAAAAGAGAAGGAAAAGGAGCUUGAUGUGAAGAAUAUUUAUGCCAAUCGCAUAUUGAAAUCGUCACCAAAGAAAGGAGGUGAAAGCACACCUAAGAGAAAAGCAACAUCAUCCAAUACUGUAAAAGGAGUACAGACGGAAGAAUAUUUCUUACCUUUAGAGUUUCCAACUCCACCCCUAGCUAUAGGUGGUGAAGAAGAAAUGACGAUAAAAGGAGACUAUUCCCAAGUGAUACAAGAACACCAUGACAGGGAGACACUGGAAUGGACAGAAUGCCUAAGACGAGAGAAGGAGAUGCAAGAACAUGUGCAAGAAUGUGAAGAAAAGCUCAAAAGAGAACAUGAACAGCACAGGUUGGAGUUAAAAGCAGAGAAGCUGAGAGAAAACUGGGAGCAGGAAGAGCAGGAAAGAAAAAGUGAGGAGAAAGAAAAGAAAAGAGACGGAAAGGAACCAGAUUAAGAGAAGAUGAGCAUGAAAACUCAGAAAAAAUGGAUGAGAGGCGUAAGAAAGAAAUUCUGUUGGCAAAGAUGCGAGAGAUUGACGAAGAAGCCAGUGGAAGUUCCUUGUUUUCUCCACGUGAAAAUACUUCAUACUCAUUUUCCAUUGGCGGUGACUCCCCAGAAAGAUUGCAGAAAAACAGGAACUUUCCAGAGUCGGAACAAACACCAACAGAGAGUUAUUGUCGCAGAAGCAACAAAACCACAGAUAUGGGUGAUGAGCUGAGCUUUGGUACGUACACACCCUCCUUUGGAAAAGGAACUGGGAGGUCUGGACUGGUUACUCAGAAGGGCAGCAACAAAGAGGAACAAACCAAUGGCUAUUUUGACGUUCCUGUUAAAGACAAGAAGUCUAAUUUAAUGGAUCAAUUGUUUGGUUCUGGAAGUGGUAUUGGUUUCACCUCUAAGGAGGAUGAUUUAGUAA